UGGGGCUGUCAGGUUGGUGCCCAGUCCCUCAGCCCCCAGCACCCUGUCUUCUGCCCCCGGGCCCAUCCACGGUUUGGCAGGAUGAGGCCACAGGUACCCUCGGCCCCUCCCGCCCUCUGGGGCCUAGGGCGCCUCGCCCUGCUCCUCUGGCUGUGGACGUUGCACACAGCCUGCCACAGGUGUGACCGUCCCUGGCCCGGGUGGGGCCUGGCUCAGCUCUACAGCCAGAGGGGGCGGGACUCAGGCAGGCCCAGCACCUGCUCUCUACACACACAUCCCUACGGGCCUGAAGCGGGCACAGAGGUAGCUGUCUGGGCCGCAGGGCAGUGUAAUGCCAGCAGAAACGGUGAGUGCCAGCGUGUCCCUGGGGCCAGCAGGGGACCGGCCAGCCUUCCUUGCCCCCAGUCACUGCUGAGACGACCCCACCACUGCUCCCUCGGCAAGUCGGACACCAGACUGCAUGAGCUGCACCGCAACCGGCCGGCCCUGCAGCAGAGGUAAUCUCUGCCCUGGCCCCACCCUCGGCCCCACGGCCUGGAUCUGUGCCCACAAUGGCUGGAGGCAUCCAGAGGCACUACGACCAGGCCCCUGGCAGCCUUCCCACACCUGGAGCUGCCCCUGGCCACACCCUCCACCGGCCCUGAGGCCACCUAUUCCAACGUGGGGCUGGCUGCCAUCACCAGGGCCGGGCUGGCAGUCACCUCUGGGGUGUGGGCAGGGGCACAGCUGACCAGCAGCUGUGCCAGGCCUGCUCCCGAGGCCAGACCCAUGGUGGCUGAGUAUGCGUGUGUCCAGAAGCUCAAGGGAACAGAUCGGGGCCCCCGAGGCCUGGAGCAGGGGAAAGUUGAGGCAACCCCAGCUGCUCAGGUGGACAUCCUGUAUUCCAGGGUCAGCAAGCCUAAAAGGAGGGACCCAGGACCUUCCACAGACCAACCAGACCCCAAGAGUGGGGAAGCGAGUUUGGCUCUGGGGAGUGACCUGGCCUACGAGGUCCUCCCUCUCAGGGGCCUGGGCAUGGAGAGCCUCCUGGAAAACGUGUAUGAGAGCAUCCAGGAGAUAGGGGCCCCUGGGCACCUGGAACCCCCCAGCUCCAACUCCUACCAGGAGAGGACAUGUGCAGGGCAUGGAAACCCCCUGCUUCCUGUCUCAGCCUGGGGAGGGGUCUUCAUCCCCUCUGCCCUGAACACCCAAGUACAGAUGAUCCUUCCUCCAGAGUGGGGUGCGACCCCCCGCUUCGCACAGAGUCCCCUCCCCCACACGCGGCUAACCGCAUGAAUUCGGGAUAGCAGUGCUGUCAGCCUAUGGGGUCCCUGGGGUCCUGGCUGCCAUGUCCUCUCCAGGGCAGGGUCUCAAUAAAACCCCAGCUCAGGGAGCAUGAACACUGCUAUACCUCAGCCUGCUCUUCUUGAAAGCCUGGGAAGCUUGGCGGGAUGGGGUCUGGAAGGAGUGAAAACCUCUCCUUGGGAAUGGGCUUCCUCCCGCUAGGGGUGCUGGGUACCUGCGCCCUGUCACCUGGGGCCGCCGGCUGAUCGGGCUCAGAAGACCGAGUGGGGAGGGAGGCAAGCCCUGGCGGGCGGUACUCAGGCCGAGGGGCUCCUCCGAGCGGUGAGCCGGCCCGCAGGGUGGCUACCCCAGGGUGGGACCUGAACCCUGAACGACAGGAAAGUCUCCGCCACCCAGCCCCUGGAGUUACAUAAGGGGCGCGGGAGGUGGGCAGUCGUGCGUUAAAGA